AUGUCGGACCUCUCAGGUUCGCGUUCUCCGGUCCCUCCCCCUCCUCCACCUCCGCCACAGAAAUACUCGAACCGCGCCGCCAAUGCCCUUGCUAGGUUUGCCCAACCCUUCUUCUCGGGCUCGAGGCCACCAAGCCCACAAAGCAGUCGUGCGGAUGGUCCCCGCUCGAUCAGGUCUAAAUCGCUACCAGGAGAACCGCAGACCGUCACCCACAAAACCGGGAUCGCAAUUACGGCUCUAGACAUCUCGCCUGAGCGGACACAUGCGGUUAUCGCAGGCAAGGAGAUCCUCAAAACCAUCCAAGUAUCGCCAGACCGCUCGUCAGAGGAAUUCAAUAUUCGCAAUGCGGUCAUCAGCUAUGCCUCUACUCACCACAAUGCGGGCGUUUCGAUGCCACACAAAGACCAAUUGAAUGUGAAAGACGUAAAAUGGUCUCAUGGUAACCACGACCGGACAAUCGCAACUGCGGUCGCGAAUGGUCGGAUCGUCGUUUACGACCUACAGCGGCCCGGCCUCCAAUUGUGUCGGUUCCAGGGGCAUAAUCGCCAGGUGCACAGACUUGCCUUCAACCCUCAUCUACCUUCUUGGCUCCUAUCUGGCAGUCAAGAUGGCUCGAUUCGCAUGUGGGAUCUGCGGUCUGCCUCUGCGAAUCGGGGGAGUUCCACGUGCGGGAGCAAACAUUCGUACCAGGGCAACAGCGAUGCAAUCCGGGACGUCCGGUGGUCUCCCACCGAUGGUGUUGUGUUUGCAACCGCUUCGGACAGCGGCGCCAUACAGAUGUGGGAUUAUCGGAAAGUCAAUGCACCCUUAAUGAGGAUCGCCGCUCAUGACCACCCUUGUUUUGCGGUUGACUGGCACCCUGAUGGGAAACACAUUGUCAGUGGUGGCACGGACCGCCAGGUAAAGGUCUGGGAUUUUUCCUCGUCUGCAGAGCGGCGGCAGAAACCUGCAUUUCAAUUCCGAACCCCACAGGCAGUCACUAAUGUACGCUGGCGACCCCCUUCUUGGAUUGGCGAGUCGCCUGCGUCGGGAGAAUGGCAAUCAUCUCAAAUUGUCACCUCCUACGAUAAAGAAGACCCGCGAAUUCACCUCUGGGAUCUUCGUCGCCCGCACGUUCCUUUCCGCGAGUUCGAUCGGUACGACACCCCUGCAUCUGAUCUACUAUGGCGCUCCAAGGAUCUUUUGUGGACGGUUGGCGAAGCUGGGGCCUUUACCCAGACCGAUGUUCGGUAUGCGCCAACUGUAAUCAAUCGCCGACCGAUGUGUUCUGUGGCUUGGAGUCCUAAUGGCGAGUUUGUUGCAUUCAGUCAACAACGUCCCAGACGACGUCCGCUGGGGGUCAAUGCCGCCGAGUUCUUACAUUUGGAAGAGGAGGAAAAGCCGAGUCCCGCGGAUGACAUAUUUGAUGAAGCGGCUCUGGCCACCUCCCUUGGCACUCGGCAUACCAAGUCGGUCGCAGCUCGACCCUCCAAAUCAUUGGGCAGUACCCCACCUGGAACGGUCGAUUUCACCCCGGUGCUUCCCCUGGAACAAGCAUUGGCCAAGAUCGCCACCCCGAUGCCCAGUCAGGUGGGGACCAUUGCCAUUAUCCCAGGUGCUACGAAUGACCCUGCAAUCUUUCGGUAUUUGGCGAGCCAUUAUACCACAGCCACAAAAGCGGAAACCCAUGCUUUGGACUCUUUGGUCGAUUCGCUAGAUCAUAAUGCUGAAUGCGCAGACGAGAUGUCCCUGCCCAAGCUGGCGCAGACUUGGAGAAUAGUCAAAUACGCUGUUCUCCAAGAAGUCCAGCGUAGAACCAGGGAUCCGGCGAAAGGUGGCUUGAAAGACAUGCCUACCAAGGAUGGCGUGAGACAUGAUCAAAAUAGAGUCAAAAAUCGGCUGUUCAAAGGUGUCAUUGAAACAAUUCCCGAGACUGAGAGCACGUCUAAUAUGACUACUCCUCUUGCGCAACCUGUAGCAGAUUCUGCCAACGACUCGUGGUCCAGCACUGAUUCUCAACUUCCUUCGUUGAGCGACGUGAAUGACCUUGAUCCUCUCCCACCAUCAGCCCUAAAUGAUAAUGGCUGGGAGGUGCCAGCUCCUGAUGAGCGUGGCCCGCGGGCGCAACUGUCUGUGACUGAUGAUGCUAUGGAAUUCCAGGGAACUGGCCAACGGUCCGCGCCCCGGGCAAUUGCUGGCCAAGCCGAUUGGCGCCGCCCCGAAGUCCCACGGGGGAAUUCCGAGGAUGACUAUGAGCAAAUGUUAGAGGAUAAACGUGCUGCCAUCCGUGACUACAAGCAGUUUCCCAAAAAGCCAUUGGUACUUACAGCGAUGGAAUCUAACCGGCCUCCCACCGAACGCUUUGUUCGGCAUGAUUCUUCGGAGAGCUUCCCCAUGUUCUCCACAUCGAACGAUAGCAAAUCCAUUGCCGCGUCGUAUUCGUCCACGGGGCAAGGUUUCAACUUUUUGGAUUCUGGACCUCCCGCAUUGAGGAGAGGCUCGUUUUUAGCUUCUACGCUCGAGGAACCUGAACAUGAGCUAUUCGAUCAACCUGUAGAAACUGAUCAAGUCCAUCUGGAGCGCCCUUCCAGCCCUCCCCCUCUCAUAUCAGAGUCAACCCCUCUUCAACCUCUCCCACCCACUUCAAUUCCUUGUUCAAACGAACUAUCACGAGUCCAGAUCCCAUUCACUCCGGGUGACCAAAACCCGUGGGGUGUUGAAGCGAUUUUGAAAGAGGCAGUCCAAUAUUAUCACAGCGGCAGCACCUCAGUCGAUAUCCAGACUGCGGCCCAUCUUCUUCAAAAGCUUCACGUGCUCUUCCGUGACUGCGAACAGAUUCUCCCUUAUGAAGAAUGUGAAUUGGUCUUCAAAACUUACAACGAGCACCUGAUCCGGCACUCGAUGGACCUAGAGGCAGCCGAGCUCCGCCUGUCUUGUGUACCUGCCUAUCCUGCCGUCUACGAUUACGCCCAAACAGAUUCAUUCAUCAAUGUCUACUGCUACACCUGUCAGCGGCCCUUUGAGAAUUCUACGCAAGACAAUACCCGCUGUCAUCGCUGCAACACACCACAAGCGCCAUGCUCUAUUUGUAUGAGUCUCGACCCUCCCGCAGAAUGGGUAGCAAACCAAGACACUCCCUCCACCCUCUCCGAAACCAGUUCAACCCUUUCCGCACUAUCCUCCGCCCCCACCGAACCCAUCCCAGAAACCCUCGAGCCCUUCACAGUGCCCCGACCCAAAGGCUCCGCCCUCUGGACCUGGUGCCAAGGCUGCGGCCACGGCGGCCACCUAGCCUGCAUUACAACCUGGCUCGGCGACAUUUCAAUCAGCGAAGGCGGCUGUGCCACAGCCGGCUGCUCGCACGACUGCGGGCCCGGCCCACGUCGCGAACAGAACCGCCAAGCCCUGCAGACAGAAUCUAAGCGUCGCGAUUCUUCCAGUCGCUCCGGCGUCGGUCUCGUCAAGCGUGAUCCCUGGACCAAAGGCGAGAGCAAGGCUGUUGAAAAGGUCCGUGGCAUGCUGGGCAUUGCCGGAGUCGCUGCCGCCACGGGUGGUAGUGGUGCCGGUCCGGUCACUUCGACUAAUCCUACUUCCACUCCGGCGCCGGUUUCGCCGGGCGCUAUGUCGCCUAAGCGGGUGCGGCUUGUUACUCCUAACGAGCAGGAGAAGGAAGGCGCUGCUUACGGUAGUCGGACUCGACCUCCUUCUUCGAUGGAUUGA